CGCAUUCAGCCUCUGCUUCUCUCUCUCUCUUUCUCUCUCUCUGCAUACUGCUUGUUGGUCAAUUACACUUGUCUUGGAACUCUUCAUUGUACACUAACUUCCUAUUGACAACAAACAACAACUGCGAAACUUCUCUAGUGUAAAGAAGUAACAAUAUGCGGUGGCUGAGCCUGUCAAUUGAUGUGUUUUGUUGUGUCAUCCCCUUGAACUUAUAUUGCAGGGUGAUCCUUUAAGUCACUUCUCCAAUUAAACCAGAUUUUCUUUGUCUUUUUUUCUUGAUAAAUCGAUAGGAUUAGCUGAAAGAUAGACAACUGCUUAGCAAAUUAAAUCCUCUUAGUCCUAAAUUUGAUUCUCUUGCACUCUGUCAUCACUGUGCUCAGUAUUGGUCUUUCAGACUGCUUUUCUCAUACUGCAAUCUCCUCAAGCUUCUCCUUUCUUGUAGUCUCCAUUUUCUUCUGAAAGCUAGUAUCCUAUUACUCUUGGGCUUCAGAUAUUGUCUUUUGGCAUAGAUUUUGAAUUUCAUUGGAAGGUUGAAAGUAGUUAUGGUGUGCCAAGCUGCAAGCCAAACAAGAUUUCGGGCCUUAAAGCAUGAGAAUGGGAUCACGGGGAGAGCAACCAUUAGAGUUAGGGUUAUAGCAUGCUUUCAACCAUUGCAGAAUUGCCAGGCUGAAUACUUCCGUCAGUUGUUGAAGCCUGUGACGUAGAUGCUCUGAGUUCACACCUUUGUUUUAAUAAAUCCAGCUUUAUAGUAAUUUCUUGUUAUUUGUGUCCUUGAAGUAAUUUGAGGUGGAAUUUGUACAAUCCAUAUCACUGGUUUCUCUUCUGUCUAGAUGGUUACAACAAGCAAGCUCCAAUAUUACCAGCUGGAUCCUGCAUGUACUUCACCGAAUGUGAAUUAUGCCACUACACUCUUGCAACCUGGGCAUCACCUUGGUGUUCCAUCUCUGUAUACCCCUGCCAUAUGUGCUGCAAAUGCAGUUUCUACUAGGCGUUCAUGUUUUGUCCCUUGUUUGCCGAAUUCUAAGGCAGCCCAUCAGAAUGGAGUCAAUUGGCUGCAAAACUUAGCUCCCACCAAAAAUGAGUAUCCAAGUGAUACUAAAUGCCUUCUUCCACACUUGAUUGGGUUAAAGUCCCCACCAACUGAUGCAUCUACAAAUUCUCAGAAGAGGUUCCUCAUUUGUGAUCAAUCUGGGAAUCAAACUAGAUUCUUCUUUAGUCAAGGUCGUCCUCCUGAAAAUGAAAUUAUUACAUCGAAAGAACUGGUUGGUGCUUAUGGUUUGUAUCAAAAUGAGAACCUGAAUGCUGUAGUAGAGCAAAGAUCUCAUGUGAGGCUUGUUAUUGGAGAGAAAUUGGAUGAAAGUUAUGUAGAUGGUGAAGAAAGUAAUACGCAUGAAGAUACAGAUGAAAUCAAUGCGUUGCUUUACUCUUCUGAUGACAUUGAAGGGGAUGAAGAUGACGAUGUUUAUGGUGAGGAUGAUGAAGUAACUAGCACGGAUCGCUCUCCUUGGGCGAACCAAGGGUUCUGCGGCUGCGAUGAGCAUGAGCAACAGUCUACGGAACUUACAGAAGAAGUUGCCAGUUCUGAUGGCACAUGCAAAAGGCAAAGAUUGCUAGAUGGUGGGUACAAGAAAUCAUCAUCCAUAGAAUCUAGAGGGCCCAAUGAUGAUGUGGAAGCAAGAUGUGUUAGAGGCUCUCUUCCUUCUAGUUGGAAGGAUAAGGAUUCCUGUUUGAUCACUAGGGAAAGGAAAGUUAAAAUUCGUGAGACCUUGAGAAUUCUUGAGAGCUUGAUUCCUGGGUUAAAGAGUAAGGACCCGUUGUUGGUUAUUGAUGAAGCAAUCAAUUACUUGAAGUCUUUGAGAGGUAAAGCCAAAGCCUUAGGAGUUGAUCUCCCUCAAGAAAAUCCUCCAGCCUCUUGUUAAAGAACAGCGUAGUAUCCAAUCCCUAAAACAGUAGCAUAACGGAUUAUAGGGGUAUAGUUGCUUGGAUAGUACAGAAAAAGCCAUAUAUCAUUAUUUGGUUGAAAAUAGUUAAAUUGUGAAGCAUUUGCCAUCCUCAUCAGUCCUACAGAUUUAGUGGGAUGUCUUUUGAUCUUUUACUUGCAAGGGGUAGAACAAAAAGGGGAAUGUUUAUGGUCGACGAGGAAUGAUUAUUUUUAGCUUUUGUGGUUAAAGAGAGUAGAAUUUCAAAGUUCAAAAGAUGAGGGGGGACCGACCCUUUAAAAUCUUGAGAAAACCAUGGAUUCUAUGCAUGCGCAUUUGGUGAUUUGGGGUCCCACCAUCCACCCUAUCAUGUUUCUUGAAUUGAAUGACUGUAUGAUGGUUUUGUUUUACCGGGUAUAGGAGGAUGAGUAGCUAUGAUGUUUUGAUCUUUCUGUUGAUCCAACAAAGGGUAGUGGUGGCGUUGGUGUUGAAAUGAAAAAGGGGGCCCGGCCUCCCCUUGUAGCUAAUAAUGAAAAGACUGAUGGAGAGACAUGAUCAAAUCUUGUCUUAAAGUUUGGUUUGUUUCCACUUUGGAUGGGUGAGUUGUAGUUGGAGACUUGUGAGUCUUUUCAUCAGCGUGGUGUCUUUUUGUGAGCCUGAUGGACCCUUGUGUUUCAUGCUAUUAUUGCUGUGUCUGUUGUCUUUAUGCUUUUUCUACUUAAUAAAAUAUAGUUUGUUUCCAUAUUUUUAUUUUUGCGUCUUCUGUUUUUCAUUUUUUGUUUGCUUGCACCUUUUGUACGUGUGAUUCUAAUGGAUAUUGGUGUCUAUGAUUAUUAGGUGGUUGUAUAUUUAUAUAAGAGACCGUGCUAGCAAGGGUUCAAUAAAUGUUAUUAUUUUCUUUCAA